CUUACACUCUCAGAAGCGCCUUUCCACGGUCGGCGACACUCCCGGCGCACGUUAGCGCCCCGCCUUUAACCGGCAGUUUCAGCCCUCCAAUUCAGCCAGCACGCCUCUCUCCGGAUCUCUGAUUUCCAGAGAGAGAGAGAGAGAGAGAGACUGUCUUCAAUGGAUGUUCUCUUCAACACAAUCGACGUGCGAGAUCUGCUCUCAUCGCACGAUCUCGACGACUCGUCGCCGUUAUCGGCACCGGAUCUCCGUCUCCUCAUCGACCGCCUCCAAGUCCACUCCCUCGACAUCAAGUCCAAAGUCCGGGACUACGUCCUCUCUCACCAUAGCGACUUCGCUUCCCUCUUCGUCCAGUGCUGCGACGCUGUUUCGAGCUCCGAAGAGCUCUUCGGCCGUGUCUCGGAUUUGCUCAGCCUCGUCUCGGACCAUCCGGUCGACUCUCAGAUCCGAGACGUUGUCACCGAGAUCACCGCGAAGCGUAGGGAAGCGAAGGAGAAGAAGGAAUUAUUGGAGUUGGUGACAGUGAUUGUAGAAUUGAGCGAGGAGUUGAGGCGCGUGAAGGAGAACGUGAAGGCCGGGAGAGUGGUUGAGGCGGCGGAGGCGAUGAGGAGGCUGAAGGCGGCGUUGCGGAUACGGGACGAGGCGGUGGCGGUGGAGGAGGGGGAGCCAGUGGUAUAUGGUUUGUUGAGGAAGGAGUGGACACAGUGUUUUGAGGAGAUUCAAGAUUUUCUUGUGAGGUUUGUGGAGAAAGCAGUUCAGUUUGAGCACCAAAACAAUGCUGUUCGAGUAAAGUAUAUGCCAAGUCUAGAUGCAAUUGAAGUGAUUGGACUUCACACCAUUUUGGAAGCAAUGGAUGCUGUUGGUAUUCUAGAUUAUGGGCUCGCAAAAGUAGCAGAUAUGAUGAUUAAGUACGUUAUCACACCAGCAGUUAACGGCAGAUCUCAUGUUUCUUUUGUGGUAGAUAUAAUUCAAGAGGCAGGGCUGACUACUGAGGCGGUUCUGAAGAUAGUUCCUCCUUCUGGUCCUGAGAUGGAAAAUAUUGAUGGGCAAAGUAUCUAUUCAGCAAUUAUUCAGGUCAUUAGGUUUAUUUACAAAUCCUUAUGCUUUGAAAAUGGUGCUUGGAUGCAAUGUUUUGGAAGAUUGACAUGGCCAAGGAUGUCAGAGUUGAUAAUUACCAACUUCCUUUCUAAGCUUGUCCCCAGUGAUGCUUCCAAACUUGCAGACUUCCAAAGUAUCAUCAAACUUACAUCUGAGUUUGAGACAUCUUUAAAGAAAAUGAUGUUCAUCUCUUCAUCUGAUAACAAGGAUGACAGACUGAGUAAUUUUACUGACAAUGUUGAAGUUCACUUUGCAUCAAGAAAGAAGGUCGAGAUAUUAGCAAAGGCAAGAAAUGUGCUUCUGCAGACUGACUUCGUGCUUCCUCAACAGGAGCAUACGAGGAGAGUUGCUGGAUUGAAGAAUGUUGGAGCUGGUGAGAAGCUUCCUGAUCAUGUUGUUGACUUGCUUUUCCUCUCUGAGAGAUGUGUGGUGUCUAAAGCAGCUUCUCAACUAAUGGAACUGGUACAUCAAACUCUUAAGGAUGUUUGCAUGUCAUCUACAAGAGCGGCUUGGGAAUUUUAUUAUGCUGUUAGAGAUGCUCUACUUCUUUAUGAAGCCAUUGUACCAGUCAAGCAAGAAAGACAGCUUGCUAGCAUCAACCAGGUUGCUGUACUGAUUCACAAUGACUGUCUCUAUCUGUCCCAGGAGAUUCUUGGUCUUGCAUUUGAGUAUCGCUUGGACUUCCCAAAUUCUAUAAAGGAACAUGCUGUCUUUGUUGAUUUGGCUCCCAGAUUCCAGCUUAUGGCAGAUGAAAUAUUGCAAAGACAAAUUCAACUUGUCAUUCGCAACUUGAAAGAUGCUAUAGACGGUGCUGACGGCUUCCAGAAUACCCACCAAAUGCAGCAGUAUGAAUCUGCAAAGUUUAGUAUAGAUCAGGUCGUUUUCAUCCUUGAGAAAGUAUAUAUUAUUUGGGAGCCUCUGUUGCUGCCUUCGACUUACAAGAGAAGCAUGUGUAUGGUUCUAGAGUCUGUCUUUUCGAGAAUGACAAGAGACAUCCUCCUAUUGGAUGAUAUGGCUGCUGAGGAGACACUGCAGCUUCAAAAACUGAUUCAUUUGAUGCUGGAGAGCCUAUCUUCUUUAAUGGACUCCCUGGAUGCUGUUGGCCAAAGAAGGAAGUUACAAGAGAACCUCACACGCCCUCUUGAUGAUCUAAUACCUUCUCUCCGGAAAAUACGUACACUGGCAGAUUUAUUGGACAUGCCAUUGAAGUCCAUUACGACAGCUUGGGAAAGCGGAGAAUUGUUCGGUUGUGGGUUUACGGCAUCUGAGGUGGAUGAUUUCAUCAGAGCCAUAUUUACAGAUUCUCCUCUGAGGAAAGAAUGUUUGUGGAGAAUAGAGAGUGCCUCUUUCUAGAAGUCGCAGAAAUGGCGGUCGUUUCUGGGUUGUGAUGUCUGUCAAGCAGAUGGAGAGCUGUUCCCUCAUUUUCCCCCCAAAAGAUAGAUUAAUUUUUUAUUUCCAUAGAAUAGAGGAACCUUAAAGUUGAUAGAAUCUUGUAAAAUCAUGUGCUUGUAAUAUAAGAGAGUUCACAAAAGGGGAAUUGUCCUGAGAAUUUUGCUAAAUGUGUGUAAAUAGUUGUACAAACAAAUGACCCAAUGAAGGUUAAGACUUUUGUUUC